AUGUCGGGUGCUGGAUAUGAUGUUGUCGUCGAUGUGGAUGUGGAUGAGGAGGGUGACCUAGGUCACACUGAUCUCCAAGAAGAUCUCUCCUUCCACAACUCCAACUUCGAAACGAAUCCCUCCUCCUCCCACAAUAAACCCACAUCACCCGGUCUCCCCGCCCCAGCUACUUCAGGCGGUCCUAGUACCUCAAAACGUUACCUCUGGUCCCUACAUUUCUACUCCCAGUUCUUCGAUGUCGAUACUUCAUCUGUUCUAGCAAGAUGUUGGGCAGCUUUAUACCCUCGCGCGAAUUUCUUGGAUGUAUUAGAGGGGAACCCGGAUCUGUAUGGUCCGUUUUGGAUUGCUACGACGGUUAUCUUUAUUCUGUUUAUGGGAGGGACAGUUAGUUUGUAUUUGGCGGAGAGGGGUGAGGGGAAGUUUGCUUAUGAUUUUGGAUUGUUGAGUGCGAUGGGCAAAGAAGAUGAUCACAGUACUAAUUCGAGUUCUACAACAGGUGCCGCAGGUCUAAUCUAUGGCUACACAUUCAUAAUCCCCAUUCUCCUCUUCCUAGCUCUCAAAUACUUUGGCAGUGAAUCUGCCAAUCUUCUCGAAUGCGCCGCUCUUUACGGCUACUCCAACCUCGUAUGGAUUCCUGUCGCAUUGGUUUCUUGGUCCUCUUUUACAAUUAUGAAUUGGGUAUUUGUGGGAGUUGGAUUUGGCUUGAGCGUCGCUUUCCUCCUCAGAAACUUAUAUCCAGUCCUCAGCGCUACGGACAAACAGAUAAGUAAAAUACUACUUAUCUUGGUGGUGGUUCUUCACGCGGGUUUGGCAAUUGCUAUCAAGGUGUUAUUUUUUGCGCAUGGAAGUCCGGUGGCUAAGAAAACUGAUGCAGAUGAUCCAGCAAAGGGGGCUGAUCCAAGCAGGAUGUUACUUUAG